AUGAGCUCUGCUUCAAAUCUUGAGGAGCUUUACUUAUGGGGCAAUAAUCUUAGUGGAAAUAUUCCUGGCUCUAUCUCCAAUGUUUCUAAUCUCAGAAUCCUAGAAUUACAAGAAAACUCAUUCUUUGGCCUUAUUCCAGAUACACUUGGCAAUUUGAGAGGCAGCAUUCCCAUGGAAAUUGGUAGCUUAAGCAACGUUAUAUUGUUAGACCUUUCCUCUAAUAGAUUGAGUGGACCUAUUCCAACAACAAUAGGAAGGCUAAAAAAUCUCCAACUUUUGAAUCUUCAUGGAAAUAAGUUACAAGGCUCUAUCCCACAUGAUCUUUGUGGUUUGAAGGAAUUGUUCAAAUUGUCAUUGGGUGCUAAUGAGCUUGAUGGACCUUUACCAACAUGUUUGAGUGAUUUGACUUCUCUGAGAUAUCUAUACUUGUUCUCCAACAAAUUGCAUUCGCAAAUACCAUUAACUUUUUGGAGCCUUAAAGAUAUCUUAGAAGUAGAUUUAUCAUCAAACAAUCUUAGUGGUUCUCUUCCACUUGACAUUGGAAAUUUGAAGGUACUUAUCUCUUUGAAUUUGUCAAAGAAUUUAUUAUCAAGUGAUAUUCCGUCCACAAUUGGAAGUCUCCAUGAUCUACAAGUUUUGAUUCUUUCUAGAAAUAGAUUACAAGGCCCUAUUCCAAAAUCAUUGGGUGACUUGAUGAGUUUGAAAAGCUUGGAUUUAUCUUACAACAAUCUCUCUGGAGUCAUUCCCAAGUUUUUGGAAAAACUUUAUGAUCUCAAUUAUUUUAAUGUGUCUUUCAAUAGAUUGGAAGGAGAAAUACCAAGUGAAGGGCCCUUUUUGAACUUCACAGCCAAAUCCUUCAUGAAAAAUUAUGCACUAUGUGGUUCACCUAGACUACAAGAAGUUUUGUGGCUCUGUAUACAAAGAAUACUUUCAGAUGGAAGCGGAAGUCGGCAUAAAGGCUUCAAUUUGCAAAUAGAUGGAGCAGCUAAGAGUUUUGACGUUGAAUGUGAAGUUGCUGAGCAAUAUCCUUCAUCGCAAUCUUGUCAAGUGCUUGGAGGUUUCAUGCCUAAUGGAACCUUGAAGAAAUGGUUAUAUGCUUACAAUUAUGUAUUGGAUAUCCUACAAAGAGUCAACAUAAUGAUAGAUGUUGCAUCGGCAUUAGAAUACCUCCAUUUGGGACAUCCGAUUCCUAUUAUCCAUUGUGACCUAAAACCAAGUAAUGUCUUAUUGGAUGAGGACAUGGUUGCACACGUGGGAGAUUUUGGAACUGCCAAGCUAUUGGGAGAGGGAGAUUCCAUCAAACAAACAAUGACACUAGCUACUAUUGGCUAUGUGGCACCAGCUGAAUUACCUGAAGAUAGAUUAGAUAUGAAGAAUGUUGUAUCCAUGCUGAAGAAUAUCAAAAGAGAAUAUCUGAACAACAUUGCGCAAGAUUAA